UAAUUGCAACUCUGUUAUUAGCCAGUACUUUGAUGACAUUAUUGGGGGAUGAGAGGAGUAACUUGUCUGCUAAGAAGGAGACAUGCAAUGAGAAGAGUAAUCUUGUAGAUAAGGAGUCGAACGAACACAAUGUGCAUUCUGAUGUUACGGGAGGGGAAGGGUCGAGAAUGGUGGUAGGGUUGACUAAUCUGGGCAACACCUGUUAUAUGAAUGCAGUUCUACAACUCCUCUUCUCUGUUCCUAGUAUUAACACAACUCUUGCUGCGGAGGAGAAGUUGCAGAGUACUGGCAUAGGACGUGAACUGAUAUCAUUGAUAAAGAAAGCAGCCUCUGGAAACUUUAUACAGCUGAACACUGGUCAGCUUAAACACGAGAUUGGACUUACUUAUUCUAGAUACAUGGGAUACAGACAACACGAUGCACACGAACUGCUUAUAGAGUUGUUAGAUCACCUUCACGAGUGUCUCAAAUGUGAGGAGAAACCCUGUGAAGAGGGAGUACCUGCUGAUAGGGAUUUCGUGAUGGAUACUAGUAUGAGUGGGACGUUUGUAGCCCGGAAGGAGGAGAAUGGUUUCAACACUAACACCUUCUCAACAAUGAACAUAACACCUCCAAACAUUCCCAACAUAGCAGACGAGAACUUGAACAGUCUGUCCAUAACGCCACAGAAAGGUAGGGUACACGAGAAUCUGCCAAUAAACCUGAUGGAGGAUCGGCACAUGGAUACUACUUUACAUGAGAACAUAUGUCACAACAUCGCUACCAGUAAACCGACCCUGCACGAAAAGGAGUUCUCCUUGAUACCUGAAGGCAGCAAGAAUACAGAUAUACCUCUUUGCAAUCUGCCUGUCCUGUCGCCAACCACAGUUACGGCAUUUAACUUGGAAGGGGACGAGGACUGCAGUAGGAGUGUUGACAGUAACACAGCGAUACAAGGCUCCUCCGACCUCGCCCACCAUGACCUGGUUUGGGCUGAGUGGGAACAAAACAACUCCUCCAUAAUCACUGACACUUUCUUCGGCCAGUUUGUAACACACACCACUUGCUGCCACUGUGGUCACACGGUUGCGCAUUACGCGCCUUACAACCACAUUUCUCUUCCUCUACCUCACGCAACUGACAGACACAUUGUAGUGACUUGGAUACCUAACUCUGAUCAUAAAGCAUACAGGUACCUCGUUGUAGUCAGUCAGUAUGGCAGAGUAUCAGAUCUGAAGAGUGCUGUGCUCUCACUUGUCGACCUUCCCAUUACUACAGAGGACAUUGUUAUAGCCGAGAUUUACAGGAGUCGUGUCCACAUGGUUCACGGUAACGAGACACUAGUUAAACACGUCAACGACUCCCGCAACUCCGUGUACGCGUUUGAGCGCUAUAUGUAUGAGUCUGACACUAGGAAGGGACAGUGUGAGGAUGCGAACUAUUUCGAGAACAAUCUGGAUACUGAUUCUAAAACAGAUAACAAGUUGAACAGAGAGGUUAUCGACGCUAAUAUCGAGGUCAACAUCGAUGUUUCGGAAAACACAAAGCAGUUCAAAAACAAGCUGGAAUUGUUCAACCCAGAAGCGAAGAUAGAGAAUAAACCCAAAGAAGUUGGGAUGUUGGUUGAUUGGAGUUGCUGUGUAAUAUGUCUGGAGGACUUCCCCCCUCAUCUCCUCCUCUCCCAUGAAAACUGCAACAUGACAAUUUGCAAGGAGUGUUACGACUCGUACAGGGAGUCCGACACGAGCUCACAGUGCCCAGUGUGUAAGGAGCAUAUGAAGGAGCUCCAUCCUGCAGGAUCUGAACAUACCAGUGCAGUGCGGUGGACUCAGACUCCCCUCCUUAUUUCUUAUAAUGAUAACCUGAUAGGUCACCCCUACCUGAUAGAACUGCCCAGUAAAAUUGAGGGGACUGCUUUACGCUCCUUUGUAUCUGACCUCUUCCCUUUUCCUCUCUCUCCCUCUACUGCCGCCCUCUUCCUAGCUGAUGGCACCGAUGUAAAGAGAGAAGUUACAGAAGACGAGGAGUACAUGAUCCUUGGAUCACAUCACUUUGUUGUUAUACUCGCCCAGUGUCCCUCAGCUUUGGAGGAACAGUUAACCCAUGUCACGGACACAGAGUCGCUGAAGAAACUGGAAUUGAGUCUGAAACCUCUAGAACUACAAGACUGUCUUAAUGCGUUUGUUAAAAGUGACGAGUUAUGUGCGGGCAGUACCUGGUAUUGUACUUUAUGUGACAGUGAGCAAUCAGCUAUAACCUCAACCUCCAUCUCACAUCUCCCUCCUUACCUUAUUCUUCAGCUCAACCGUUUCAACGUCCUCUCAACCGGACUCGGGAGGACGGAGAAGAUCUCGUGUCCAGUCCACAUACCCCAACACAACCUGGAUCUCUCCUGUGUAACUACUGGCAGUAAACCCGUCAGCUCUUAUUCUUUGUGUGGCAUCGUCCAUCAUACUGGAGGUAUAGGUGGUGGUCACUACACAUGCCAGUCUCUAACCGACGAUACUUGGCGUUACUAUAACGAUACCAUGGUAACCACAAGAGAGCCCCUCACCUCUGACGACGGUAUCCCUGGAAACGAUUCAGAUGCUCGCUCUGCCUACGUGCUGUUGUACCGCCAGAACUGUGACUUACCGAACACUUAACAAUAACCGCGCGCUCGCGCGACUGAGCACUUUUUAUAUGAAUAUCUUGCGCGGUGUUGUUCGUUUUACGCACGUUUGCUGAGGUUCGCUAUGUUUUUAUUGUAAUUUAUUGUACUUGACUUCAGGAGCUCUUCUGCAACUAGAACUUUUAUUUUAAAUUGUUCAAAAUUAAAUUUCCAAUAAAAAACAUCCCCACAAAACGUCCCCAACCAUCAAUCGCAAUAGUAUUAAAGACCCAAUAUAAAAUAAUAUCAUUUUUAUUAGUAUUGUAAUACCUCGUAUCAUUGAUUUUACAAAGAGUUUAAAAGAACUGUGCCAGUCU